AUUACAGCAGAGAUUAUCUUUUUAAAAUUAUUCAUUACGUAAAAUCUUCAAAAGAUGGAAUGUAUAAUAUCACAAUCGCCAAAUAAUCAUUUAAGGAAUUUUAUGGUAGCUGCUGAGCAAUAUUUACUAAACCAUGAUGAAUCAUCUUUAAAUACAAUUCUAUAUAUAUUACAGAUCCUUGGACAACCAUCUAAUUUAUUUGAUUUUAAUUCUAAAAGCAAAGUUAUACUAGAGUUUUAUGUUAAUUUAUGUGAACUGAUGAACAACACUAAUAAUGAUUCUGAUCUUAUGUGGGUCGCUGUUAAUGUAUUAUACUCAAUUUCUAAGCAAGGAUAUUUUGAUACUUCUUUACCAAACAAUUAUAAAUUUGCAUUAAUACUAACAAAACUUUUGAAAGAAAAUUUAUCAUUGGAUAGAAAAAUCAAAAUAUUAAAAUUACUUCAGGAGUUGACUUAUGGAGUAAAAUUACAAUGCCAAGAAGGUUAUUUAUCUGAAUUAAUCAUAUUAUUAGUGAAAUGGAUAUCAAGUGAAGACAAAGAUUUAACAUCCUUAUCUCUAGGAGUUUUAGUGAAUGUGUUUAGUAAAAACAAAUUUGCUAUGUUUAUUCUUUUAAAAAGUACAGAUUCUAAAUCUUUUAUGAGGUUGCUUUUGAGAAUACAAUCAGAUAAUACAUUUACUAAAGUUCAAGUGUAUAAACUCCUGCUAGUAUUAGAGCAUGUAUCAGGUCAGAUACCUCAUAUUGAUGUAAACAAUUUAAUUGACCUAAUAUUCAUUGUUUUGGAAGAAGGAUUGAAUCAAAAUAACAUUUUUGCUCUUCGUCACACAAUAGACUUUUUUAUUGAUAUUAGUGAACAUUUGCGAUGGAAAAAUCAUAUUUACGAAUAUUCCAACUAUAAAUCAAAAAUAAUUAGUAUAAUGGAAACUUUGAACAAUUUCAAACAUAUUGAGAAGACAUGUAACAGUCAAAAUAAUUAUGAUAUUACCCUAAGAAGCAUCGGCUUAAUUUUGCAGUUUAUUCAUCAUACUAUUAAAUUAAGAAUUGAAGAUUUUAUCAUAAUAUAUCCUAAUAUUAUAAUGAAUGUUUUGCAUUGGGCUCAGUUUUUAGACAUUCAUGAACAAGCAUUAUCAAUUUUACAAACUAUAAUUAAAAAUGUACGAAUUAAUAAUUAUUACUUGGAUCAGGAUCUUCAAAAUGAUAUUUUUGAAAAACUUGCAGAGAGUUUAAAUAUAUUGCUGAAUUUAUUAAUAGAACCCAAUCAUAAUAGUGACAAUGUUCCUAGUAUUAAAUCCUGGAAUCAAUGUGCAAUUAGUUUCAGGCUUCUUCAAGAAAUGUUAAAUAUGCAAAAUUUAUAUGAACAAAUUGAAGAAAAACUUUCAAAUUCUUUCCUUCAGUCUAUAUUCCAUUCUUUGUUAUCGGUCAAUAUUAAAGAUAUAAAAAAUUUACAAAAUAUUACAUUUGUAUACAUUGAAGCUCUUUACUUUUUAUCUGAUUUAGUUGCUAAAAAUCCUAAGUGGAUGUCUUUAUAUUCUGAAAUUUUGAAUCAGAAACAUGUUUAUUGUGUAUUAGCUUUUAUUAUAUACAACGGCCCAAAAAAUAUGAAACAAAAAGUAUUAGAUCUCAUAACUAAAUUUUCUCAACAAAGUAUUUUAAUGUUAUCUGACUGCUUGGAAGAAAUUGAACAAUUGUCGUCAACAAAAGUAAAAAAUUCAAUUGAUUUUGACAUAAAACCACUAUGUUCAUUUGUUCAAGAAGAACAAUUACAAACAUUUAUUGAUCAAUUAGAAAAUAUGUUCAGUUCUAAUGACAUACUUGAUAUUAAGACCUGUAAUGUCAUUAAAUUAUAUCAAAGUAAAAUAAAUUUAUUAAAACAAACAGAAAAUUGGUUAAAAAAAAGUUUAGACAAUUGUUCUGAAGAAAUGACUCAGUUAAAUUAUAAAAUAAUUCAAUUGAAUAAUGAAUCCAUGGUAUUAAAUAAUAUGUUAUUAGAAAAUCAUCAAACAAUUGAUGAGCUUACAAUGGAAAACAUUAAGCUAAAACAAAAGUUAAAUAAUAUUACAGAACAAUUUUCUACAACUAGCAAUGACUUUGCAAAAUUAUCUAGAAAUUAUGAAACAAAAAGACAAAUUGUGCAAGAUUUGAAUUUGAAUAUAAACAACUUAAAUAAACAAUUAGAAGAACUAAAUAUAGCAAGCAAUCAGAUGAAAUCGAGUUUACUAGAGCAAUUACAAAAUGAGAAAACAGAAAACAAAAUACAAGUUUCAAAAUUAGAACAACAAUUAAUAGAUAAACAAAAUAUAAUAAGUGAAAAAUCUGAGGAAAUUGAUAGCAAAACGUCUUUCAUUAGAAACCUUGAAAAAAAUAUUAAUGAAAAAGAUAAAGAUAUUCUUGACUUACGCAAACAACUUCAUGAACAACAUAAAGUACAUGAAAUGAUUAGUCAAAUGUUAGCAGCUACAUCAAGUAAACCUCAAUUAUAAAAUAAUAAUUUCAUUUUUGACUGAUUACAUAUUUUUAAGUUGCAUAACAAAUUUACAUUUUUAUUAC